UUCCGGUAUUGCCCUGGCAAUGCUCCGUUUGCAGCCGGCGGUGGGUCUGUGCGGUCCUUUAGCUAGUACCGCGGGGGCGGGACGACGUCCCUCGAGUGCGGUGGGUGGCGAAGGAGAAAGGCGGCGACCCAGGCAGCGCCUCCGCACGUGCGGGCGUCCCUAUGAUGGCUCUGUCUACUUGAGGCUUGCGUGCCCCGCUUCCCCGGAGGCUGCUCCGCAGCCCUCAGAGCCUCGUACCCGGCGGAGACCGAGCUUCGAAAUUUCCUCGGCGGCCCGAGGUGGCUGCGCUGCGCGCGGGGCGGCGGCGGAGUUCAGCUGACACUGGGCUUGCGUGCUGGUCGCAGGUUCCCAUGGCUGAGGAGACGCUGGGGGUGACCUUUGAGGACGUGGCCGUGUACUUCUCCCGGGAGGAGUGGAGUGUCCUUAAUUCCACCCAGAGGAGCCUGUACCGUGAUGUGAUGCUGGAGAACUUUGCCCUCAUUGUCUCGCUAGGAUUUGUACCUUCAAGAUCCCAUGCGGUGGCCCAAGUGGAGGAUAAAGAAGAGCUCCAGAUGGCCAACAUGGUGGACAUGACUCUGGUUCGCAGAGCAGAAGCCAGGAGGGGUCCUGGUUUUGGUUGUCCCUGUAGACUGGACGAUGGGGAGGCCCCUCCUCAACAGGUAAGGAGCUACAGAGUCCACCUGUCAGAGAAGCACCUUCUGGGUGGAGAGACUGUGAAAGACAUCCCUGCCACCUUAGGCCACCUCCGGCUCCAGGCCACCCACAGCAAGGGGGAGCCAUGCAGGAGCCUGGGGCACAGGGAGCCCUUCCUACCCAGCCCCAGUCGCAACCAGCAGCAGCAAGGAGACCACACCACACAGAAGUCCUUCAAGUGCAGCGGCUGCAGGAAGGCCUUCCCGAAGGCCUUCACGCUCCUUGACCACCUGGUAACCCACUGUGAAGAAAGACCUUUCAGGUGGCCGAAAGGUGGAAGUGUCCCCAAGGAGAACUCAACCCUUCAUCACCGAAAAAUCCACACUGGAGAGUCAUCCAACGUGUGUAAUGAGUGUGGAAAGGCCUUCAGUUACCCAUCUAAACUAAGGAAGCACCAGAAGGUUCACACAGGUAUAAAACCUUUCAAGUGUGGUGAGUGUGGAAAAACUUUCAACCGCAAAGACGCCCUUGUUCUGCACCAGAGAAUUCACACUGGAGAAAGGCCCUACGCCUGCAGCGAAUGUGGCAAAGCCUUCAGUGUCCUGUCCACCCUCAUUCGGCACCGGAAAGUUCACAUUGGAGGCAGGCCAUAUGAAUGCCGGGAAUGUGGGAAGUUCUUUAAAUACAACCAGAGCUUCAUUCUCCACCAGAGAGUUCACACUGGAGAAAAGCCUUAUGAGUGCAAGCAGUGUGGGAAGGCGUAUGUGACCCGCUCGGGCCUGUACCAGCACUGGAAGGUCCACACUGGAGAACGGCCCUACGAGUGUGGCCUGUGUGGGAAGACCUUCACCACCAGGUCCUACCGCAACCGGCACCAGCAGUUCCACACAGAGCAGAGGUCCUAUGAGUGUACGGAGUGUGGGAAAGCCUUCAAACACAGUUCUACCCUCCUUCAGCACAAGAAAGGCCACAUUGGAGAAAGGCCAUAGGGGGACAGGAUGUGGGAAGGCCUUUCACCAUAGCUGGCACCUCGCUCAAUAGGGAGGGCAUCUCUGCAGAAAGGAGAUUGAGGAGAGGAGCCAUUUGAAAGCUAAACUGGGUACUCUGUCACUCAUGCUGUGCUGUGGGGGUGUCAUGUAUGAGGGAAGGUUGGGAGCUGUGUUGCACUCUGACCUGCACAAGCUGUGACAGAAACCAUCACACCUCUGCCACCUGGCACCUCUCCCUAAUGCAUUGUCACCCUAAUGUGCUCAGAGACAGCAGACCAUGCACCCUGCUGUGUAUGGAACAGUCAUGAAUGGUGGGGCCUGUGUUGGGCCUUAUUCCCCCGAGUGGUUUAGGUGUGGACACGACCUACCUAUGGCCAACAACUUAGCUAAGCAGUGUCUACAGAGGACAUCUGGGGAAGGUGAACCGAUUUCAUGGACACUGUUGACACUGCAUGCGGUACCUGUUGUGGGUUUACCCAACCCUGGGACUGUCUCACACUGCUCUAGAAGGCAUAGCAAUAAAGGCCUUGUUGCUUAAGUCAUCUUUAAUGUAGGGUGUUCUGAUCCCUGUGUGAGGGGAUGUUGAACAAAAUUGGGCUCAUGAAUAGAGGGAAUGGCUUCUAUAGGCACCCCUGACUCUUGUCUGCCUGGGAGGGGACAGCAGGAUGGCAGAGAACAGUUCUAGCUGAGGACGGUGUCACUUGCAUUGGUGCCUGAGACCUGCAGGGAGAGACUGAAAGUCUUGGUGGGUGAAUCGUGUAGUCUGGGUGUCAGGUUUAUUGGUGGGUCAAGACCAGAGAGUUGGGGGCUUGCUGGUGUGGUUCAGUGGAUUGAGAGCUGGCCUGUGAACUGAAAAGUUGCCAGUUUGAUUUCCAGUCAGGGACAUGCCUGAGUUGUGGGCCACAUCCCCAGUUGGAGGGGUGAGGCAACUGAUGAUGUAUCUCUUGCACAUUGUUCCUCCCCCUCUUUCUCCCUCCAUUCCUGUCUCUCUAAAAAAAAAUUCUUUGAGAAGUUGGCAUUAGAUGCCCCAUGUGUCUGAGGAUGUGAGCCAGGGCUGUUGUUCUCAGGGAAUGUUCCUGAAUCUCCGGCACUGUUCAGAGGAAGCUGUUUCCAGAGUCAGCUCAGCAGCUGUGUCCUCUGAAAUCUAGAAUGUGGAGUAAGUUGUAGACUAACCACAAGACCUGCAGGGGCCUAUUGGAAGACAAGUGGGCACAGAAACCCUGCAGUAACGCAUGGGGAGCCUGGUACACUAGCAGGUCUGAGCCAGGUUCUAGAGAGGCCUCCACAAGUGCUCCAGCAGCUGCGAUUUCAGGGGCUGAGGGUCACAUAAAUUCUCGGGAUUACAGACCUGUCAUCUGUGGCCAAGGUCACUCUCAGCCAGUUAUCUGUCUACCCAUCUUCUGGGUUCUCCUAACCUCUGUGCAUGUUCACCUCAUGGCCAUCGCUCAGUGUCCUGGGAUGUGGCUCUAGGGACCCAGCCAGUGUUCCUGGUAUCUGCACACCAUGGCGUUCAAUGUUUUUGCUGCCACUGUCCCUGGGCUCAAGGGAGAAGUGGUUGAUCUUGUGGUUUGUGGGACCUUUUGAUUUAAAAAAUGUUGGAAACUUUUCCCACAAGGUAAAUGAAAUGCCAGUUAAGCAAAAUUUGUUGCCUGUAGCUGUGUCCCUGGCCCUGAAACUGCUUCCUGUCAAGAACGUUAGCAGGAGCUCUUUCUCUUCUGGUCCCAGGUGCUUCAAGAGCCGUGGGUGUGGGUACAGAGAUGGCCAAGUCCAAGAACCACACCGUGCGCAUCCAGUCCCAAAAAUGGCACAGAAAUGGCAUCAAGAAACUCUGAUUACAGAUAUGAAUUUCUCAAGGGGAUAGAUUCCAAGUUCCUGAGGAACAUGUGCUUUGCCAAAAAGCACAAGGGCCUGAAGAAGAUGCAGGCCAACAACACCAAGGCCAUGAGCACACAUGCUGAGGCUCUCGAGGCCCUGGUCAAGUCCAAGAAGGUCAAGCCCAAGAUCCCAAGGGGCAGCAGCCACAAGCUCAGUCAACUUGCUUACAUUGCUCACCCCAAGCUCAGAAAACAUGCUUGUGCCCACAUCACCAAGGGUCUCUGGCUCUGCUGAUCAAAGGCCAAGGCCUAAACCAUGCCCCAGGCUGCAGAUGCAGCCACAGGUCAGGGUCCCAAAGGUGCCCAGGCCCCUGCGAAGGCUCCAUAGUAGAGGCCUCUGUCUGCCGCCGUGAGGACAGAAGGACUGACGUGUGCACCCUUGAGGCUGGGGUCCUCCUGUGGUGUUUGUGCAAAUAAACCUGAGGCAGGGUUUGUCUGUCAGAACAAAAA